AAGUCGCUGCACUUAAACAGCUCUUCUCCGAUGUCAGUAUCUCUGUAUGGUGUAUAUAUAAUACACUCAAAAUCACAUGCAUUAUCAUCUCUCUAGUAUGUGACUGACUGAGUGAGUAGCCAUUUUCUACACUAAGAAUCUCUUGCAUCUCUGUUGCAAUUGCAAUGGCUGCUGCUUCUUUUGAAGAGGGAAUUACUGAUGGAAGUUGCGAUCUAGCUGAUGCAGAUUCAUGCUUUCAGUUAGUAAAGCCGAGUUUUGACGAGUUUAACCAGCAGUGUACUACUACUCUAGAUGUUGUGCCUAUUCUUUUUGAGGAGGCUUCUUUUCCAAUUGAAGAUAAUUUUGGCUUUCAGAAUUCACAUGGCCAAGAUCUUUAUAGUAUUUCCAUGUUAUCUGAGGAAGACAAAACCGACCCAAAAUGUACAUCGCAGCUGGCCUUUUUAAGCUUUGUUGAACUUCCUGUUUCACCUAAAAAACAGAUGUGCUUAGAUCCAAAACUGAAUUGCCAGAACUUCAUUGGUUUGCAAAUGGAAACUCCAGAUGCUUAUUCGCCAUGCAUUUUGGAUAUAGAUAUUGAGAUGGAAAAUUUUGAAAAGCCUAAAUCCAAUGAUGAAACCGGUGCAAGUACCAAACCUGAAGGUCUUCUAACUGGGGUACUGCAGAGACAAGCAAGUAUAAAAACUCGGGCAAGAUUGAUGCAACUAUUGACAAAUCCUGGCUCAAGUUUACUGAAGUAUAUUUCUAAAGAGAAGUCAUUCAAUGAGAGGGUUCAUGAUAUUCCAAAUAACAGAUGGAGAAAAUAUAAGCGAGCGGCGUCUUUUGACUCACGUAAAAUUGUACUUCUAUUCUCAAUCUUGUCGAGUUUGGGGACACUGAUACUGAUAUAUCUGACCCUGAGAGUUAGGCAAACCGCUGAUGGUUACAUUAAUGCCUGAUUGUUUUGCUUCCUUGCCUUUUGAUACAUGAAGGGUGACCUGCUAUUUUGAUGUUUCUCACUAAGAACUGUUGUUGAAUUCCCCUUUAUGUGCCUGCCAAUUUGUUACACAAUUUUCCCCAUUUUGUAUAUAAAUUACCUAUUUUCUAACAUUUAAAACCCCUUAUCUUUUUA